GGCAGAACUAAUGUUUAGAGGUGUUUUCUUCUAUAUAUAGAGGUGUUUUGGCAUCAGAAAGAUUCAUUCUUUUAGUAUGGGGUCUAUUGGUCUCCUGGUUGUUUUUUGUUUGGGGAUGGCACUUGGGUCUUCAGCCUAUCAAAGACCGAUGAAAGUACAAGAGGAUAGGAGAAUUUUGCAAAACCUGAAUGUUGUAGCUCAAAUGUAUCUUGCAUCGUCUCAGCAAAUACAACUGGAUCAGGAAACCGUAGAUCGCCAAAUAGCCCAACAAGAGCUGGCACUACAGAUGGCCGCUAAACAGUUGGUCGAAAUUCAGCAAAAGUUGGUGGAAACCCAACGGCGACUAUCGGGUUGUCAACCGCAGGAGAAAACCAGCUUUGGAGCAGCUCCUGGUUUCGAUAUAAUGCCACCAUUUUCUGGAUGACCACCAGAGGCGACCCAACAGAAAUGAGAAGGUUUUUAUUAUUGGAUCCACUUAUCUAGCCCUGAAAAUAAAGCAAUUUUUUCCUUUUCGUUAU